GCUCCCCCAGAAUCACAAAGCCCUGCAGGGAAAGUCGCUUUAGCGUUUGUUCCUUUGCUUCAAUUCCGCCCGCCACCCCUUAAACGUGAUUCCGGCUGAGCUAGCCCCAGAGCGGCAUCACCCAGGCAUCCUGCAGCGCAGCUCUCCUGCGAUCCCCGGGGAUCUGUCAUAGCCUGGGCGGCGGAUUCCCAGGCGCUCACUCACACACGCGCCCUGACCCGGAGCUGCAGCUCAUGCAAAGCAGGGAAAAUACAAGUUUUCUCUCCCCUGACUUAGCUAAUCGCCGCAGCCCUGCGCGCUGCCAGCGCCUUUUGUGGCAAAGUGUUUUCUGGUGGAAAGAUGGUGGCUUGAAACUUUGAUGCUUUAAUGAACGCACUGAAGGUUUUGUAGGUAAAGGGACCCUCAGAGUUUCCUUUAAAAAAAAAAAAAGCAAAAACCCAAACAGAAGAGCCACGAACUUACCAAAUCCUCAGCCAAGGAACCUGCUUUUCCGUGCCUGCCCUCCCUGCCUUGCAAAGCUGGGGGCUGUCAAAGUGCAAAGUUUGAUUUACUCCCCUGCCCGCCUGCGGAAGGAAUGAAGCUGAAAUGAAAAGAAGCAGCACAUGGGACUGGCUAGAGGAUUGCCAUUCAAAGGGAUAUGUUGUGAUGGGGCAAACAGCGCGCUAUUAAGUAACCGGACUGCAACUGAAGGUUUGAAAGAUCAGAAAUCUGUACAAUACAGACGGAACCAGUUUUCAAAAUGGAAUUCCAGUUUGCGCUCUUUUUUGUAGGGAUAAUUGCGUUUUCUGAUUCAGCCCGAGGCCCACCCAGAAUUGCUGAUAAAGUGAUCCACCGGCAGUCUGUGAGGUUAGGAAGAACCAUCAAGCUACUGUGUCCGGUAGAAGGUGACCCGCCACCUCUGACUAUGUGGAUGAAAGAUGGACGGACUAUCCACAGUGGCUGGACAAGGUUCCGGAUCCUGCAGCAAGGACUGAAAAUCAAGGAGGUGGAAAGCGAAGACGCGGGGACAUACAUCUGCAAGGCCACCAACGGCUUUGGCAGUAUGAGUGUAAACUACACCCUUAUUGUGAUUGAUGAUGCCAGCUCAGGAAAGGACAGCCCAGUGUCUGAAGGCUCCAAUGGCGAAUAUGAAGAUCAUUCUGGGAAGCAGUGGGCCCGGCCCAGAUUCACGCAACCUGCCAAGAUGCGACGGAGGGUGAUUGCACGGCCUGUAGGAAGCUCAGUUCGCCUGAAAUGUGUUGCCAGUGGGAACCCUAGGCCUGACAUCACCUGGCUGAAGGACAAUAAGCCCCUCACACCUCAGGAGAUUGGGGAGAACAAGAAGAAGAAGUGGACAUUGAAUUUGAAGAACUUAAAGCCUGAGGACAGUGGGAAAUACACUUGCCGAGUGUUUAACAAAGUUGGAGAAAUCAAUGCGACAUAUAAAGUUGAAGUAAUCCAGAGGACUCGGUCCAAACCCAUUCUCACGGGAACGCACCCUGUGAACACUACUGUGGACUAUGGUGGGACCACGUCAUUCCAGUGCAAGGUCCGCAGCGACGUCAAGCCCGUCAUCCAGUGGCUGAAAAGGGUGGAGUAUGGCACAGAGAACAAGUACAACUCCACCAUUGAUGUUGGGGGGCAGAAGUUUGUCGUGCUCCCCACUGGGGAGGUCUGGUCCCGUCCUGAUGGCUCCUACUUAAACAAACUGAUGAUAACACGAGCCAAAGAGGAGGAUGCUGGGAUGUACAUCUGCCUAGGGGCAAACACAAUGGGAUACAGCUUCCGCAGUGCUUUCCUCACGGUGUUGCCAGAUCCCAAGCCACCAAGCGCCCCUGUGGCCCCAUCCUCCGCUACCAGCCUGCCGUGGCCAGUGAUCAUCGGGAUCCCCGCUGGAGCGGUCUUCAUCUUCGGGACGAUCCUCCUGUGGCUCUGCCAGGCCAAAAAGAAGCCCUGCUCUCCCCCAGCUGCAGCGCCCGUGCACAGACCGCAGGCCAGAGACAGGAUCUGUGUCUCUCAGGGUCCUGAAAAAGACUGCGUCUCCUCCAUAAACUAUGAGGAAUAUGUAGCCCACCAGCAGCAUUUGCUAUCUCAAGGGCCUGCGUUGCCCCCAGCCAUGGCAUCGAAAAUGUAUCCAAAGAUUUACACAGACAUCCACACUCACACGCACUCACAUGUGGAAGGCAAAGUUCACCAGCAUCAGCACAUUCAUUAUCAAUGUUAAAGGGCAGCCAGAGACCGUAGCUUAUAGGUGCUUUUUUCUCACGGUACCUCAGAACAGACUGCUUCGAGUCAGCUAACACUGCCAGCAAAAGGUAAAGUGAACAGAGGAGGGAGCGAGAGAGAGAGAAAGAGAUUUUUUUUUUGUUAUUAUUACCAUUAGGAUGUAGAUGAGGAAUAAUGAAGGAAUUCCCAAUCUCAGCUCAAAGGCGGCCAUCUAAAACAAUGGAAACUUCUUGUAUAUCUAAAUCAAGAUGGAAACAGAUAAGGCAGGAAGCUGUGACAUGAAACACCACCGACCCUGUUGCAUUGCCAAGCAGAGGAAGAAGAAGAGGAGAACGCGAUGAUAUUGCAGUUCCUGCCUCUAGCACAUGCCACCUGUUUUGGUGCAGGGCCCAUCAGACGUCUUACCCUUGGGAAUGUACAGAAGAGCCCUUUAUCUCAGAGUGGCUGAAGCUUGGAAGUAGCUGAGAUGUAGUGCCAAAGCACCAUGAGACUGUAAUCAACUGAAACAUUCACUUGCCCAAUUUCAAAUGAAAAAAUAAGCAGAAGAGUUUCUGGAAAACACAUUUCUAUUUUCAAUGUGAAACUCACAUGCAUCUCGCCAGCAGUAAUUUUGCCUGACAGUCAGUGAUAACUUAGCUGGCUGGUUCCAUUUCUGCAAAUCAAGGGUAUUGUGUUUUCCCAAGGGGGCACUGCUUGAAAUCGUUAAAAAUGUUCAACUCACCCCAAUGCUAUGACUCAGUGCUACUGCCAGGAAGAAGGAAGGAAGGACAUUGUACAAUGCAACUUUAUAUUUAUAUUUAAGAAAUAAUAAUUAAUAUCUGAAUUGCUGAAGGUCAAGAAAAGAAAACGUGCUGCCCUUUUUUGAUGCCGCUAGCUGUGAUUUUCAAUCAGAUCUUCAUGGCUUAUAGUGACAAGCUACUGGAUUAACUGUGUCAAUGAAAAAUAAAUGAACAAGUAAAAAUAAAAAGAGAGAGAGAGAGUGAAAAUUAUUGUUUAUGGAAGAAUGAAUUUGCUCAAUAUGCACCUAGGGUUGUGUGUGGUUUUUCUUUCCAGAUAAUGUUUUACAGUUGAUUCAAACAAUCUCAUUUCAGUUUCAUUUAAAACAACAAAGAAAGAAAGAAAGAAAGAAAAAGAAAAAGAAAGAGAGACCGUAUUAAUACCUAUAUGGACUAGAAAUGAAUUCAAUCACAAAUAUAAAACCUUUGUAUUCUAUAUAGAGUUUAAACAGAAGUCAUGUAUAUUUAAUUUAUUUUGUUAAACAAGAAAAAAAAGAUAUUUUCCUCAAAACAGGCAUUUCUAUACAUUUUUUUGAUCAAAGGAAAUAAAGAUGAAUUGGGGUUUUUUUUCCCCAGGUUCUCAGAGGUGCCAUGCUCCAAAUAUAAGCAAUGUAACCUAUAACAGUACUUUAUUUAACCAAAUUGAAAGUCAUAUGUUUGUAUGCGUUUUUACAAUAGCCAUGUGUAAUUGUUCUGGCAGCAUCUCUGGCACUACAGGUGCCAUAAUUUCCAAUAGAAACUGCUAUUUUGUGCUGUUUAUAACCUGUUCGGAAAGUUUUGCUGUGGCCUCUGCACCCCAUGUUAUCCUGGCCUCAUUAACAAAGAGCUCAGACCACAAGAAAACUUGUUACACUAUUUAUU